AUGAUUCUAUGAUACGAUAGAUAUUAUCAUAAAAUCAAAAGCUUCAGUAAGGAAUUUUGGUGUAAUUCAGUUAUUAUGAUUUGGGAGACUCGUUUCCACUUUUUCACAUGCCAAUUUAUCUUGACUUGCAAAAUGCUUACUCCCCCCAUCAGCCACAAAAAACAUUGUUCACUUAUGAAGAGGCUUUUUUUAAAUUUACAUCUAAAUUUUAUAUUUUUUUUUUCAUAUAUUUAAAAAAAACAUCCAAAUUCGAAAUAAUUUUAAAGCAAAUAUUAAUUUAAUUUGUAAAGUUGAUUUUUAAAAUCUAAUCCUUUUAAAUUAAACAGAAUUACUAGAGAUUUUAUUAUAGUAAUUAUCACUUAUAUAUCAAAAUAUUUUUUUCCUAAAAGAUUUUAUAUUAAAACAUUUUUGUUGUGGGGUAUCCCAAAAAUAGGCAUUUUUCCAAUGGUUUUGUUCUUUCACGGAGGAUGGAGUUAGAUUUUCGAUAUCCAUGCUCCAAGAAAUGAAAAAAUUAAAGGAAAAUCGCAACCUAGAAUAUGGUAUGCCGAUGAUACCAUGCGAUUUUAAUGCAGACAAGAUUAUUCUCAAUAGCAAACUGAUUAAAAACAUUUUAUAG